UCGAUUUUCGAACCCCUUCCGCUCUCUUCCCCCCAGUUCUUCUUCGUCUUCUUCCUCGUCCUACUUCGGCCUCUCCCUCCCAUGGCGAAAUCGGAGGAGUGGGGGCUCGGCGACUUCGACAUCGGGAAAUGCAUCGGCGAGGGCAAGUUCGGGAAGGUCUACCUCGCCCGCGAGAAGCAGAGCGGGUAUGUAGUGGCCAUCAAGGUGAUCUUCAAGGCGAAGCUCGACAAGUACCGGUUCCACGCCCACCUCCGCCGCGAGAUCGAGAUCCAGCACGGCCUCGACCACCCCAACGUGCUCCGCCUCUUCGCGUGGUUCCACGACGACACCCGCGUGUUCCUGGUACUAGAGUACGCCGCGAAGGGGGAGCUCUACAAGCUCCUCAGGAGCCUUCGCCAUUUCUCCGAGAAGAGAGCCGCCACGUAUGUUGCGAGCCUAGCCGGGGCACUUGCUUAUUGCCAUGAGAAGCAUGUGAUUCAUAGGGACAUCAAGCCGGAGAAUCUCUUGCUGGACCUUGAGGGUAGACUUAAAAUUGCAGAUUUUGGAUGGGCAGUUCAGUCUAAUUCUAAGAGGCACACCAUGUGUGGUACCAUCGAUUACCUUGCACCGGAAAUGGUGGAGAAAAAAGCACAUGACCAUGCUGUCGAUAACUGGACUCUAGGCAUCCUUUGCUAUGAGUUUCUCUAUGGUGUUCCCCCUUUCGAAGCUGCUGACCAAUUCGACACAUUAAAGAGGAUAUUGAAGGUGGAUCUUAAAUUCCCUUCCACUCAUUAUGUUUCUGCUGAAGCUAAAGACCUUAUUCGCAAACUUCUAGUCAAGGAUUCAUCAAAGAGGCUAUCUCUUCAAGAGAUCUUGAAGCAUCCCUGGAUUGUCAAGAAUGCAGACCCUUCUGGCACUUGCAGUGAGUAAAAGGUCUGUUUUUGUUUCCUUGUUCCAUUUUUCUUUUCUUUUUUUUUGCGGUGGUUCUUAAGAGUGUGCAGAGGGUAUGUUUGUAAAAGCACAGCAUCUUAUAUGCAAGAAUGAUGAGAUGAGAACUCUGUUGAGUAGCUCCUUCAGAGAUUACUGUAAUAUCAUUAAUAUUUACUGGAUUUAGCCUGUAACUUUGUUUAUGGUGAUCUGUCUCAUUUCAUUUAUGAUGAAAAUUGUACAUAAUUAGUACUGCAUAUCAAGCAAGUUUAAAGUUGAAAA